AUGGCAUCCAAGGACAAGAACAACAACAGCAGCAACAACGACGCCGUGAUCAUCUUCGGUCCAACAGGCAACGUGGGCUCCGCCGCGGCCCGCGCCGCCCGAGAAAAAGGUGCAGCUGGUGCCAAAGUAUUUCUCGCCAUGCGAGAUCCUCAAAAGCCGAUCCCAGGCCUGACCCCGGACCAAGAGUCAGAAGGUGGUGGUGGUUUCGAGAGAAUCUACGCCGACCUCACCAAGCCCGAGACGCUCCACGACGCGGUGACCACGACCGGCGCAAAGCGCGCCUUUAUCUACCUCGUCUUCGGCACGACCGACCACAUGAAGUCCGCCAUCACGGCACUCAAGGCCGCCGGGAUCGAAUUCGUCGUGUUUCUGAGCAGCUACGCCGUCCCCAACGACCUAAACAUUGCCAGCAUUUCGCCCGCGAACUUCAUCGCCUGGGGACAUGGCCAGGUCGAGUUGAUCCUGCGGGAAGAGUUUGGACCACUCUCCUACGUGGCUGUCCGACCGGGUUCCUUCGCCAGUAACUCGCUGCGCUGGAAGAAGGCGGUCGUCGAGGACGGCCUGGUGAGAAUCGCAUAUCCCGAGGCCCUGUUUGAUUGGAUCUCACCAGAAGACAUUGGAAGAGUCUGCGGAGCGCUGCUUGUUCAAAGGCCUCGACCCGUGGACGUGGCCGGGAUGAAUGGGAACGUUGUACGACUCCUGGGGCCCGAGAUCAUGUCCCAGGGUGAUGCUAUAGACGUUAUUGGCAGAGCUAUCGGCAAGGACAUCAAAGUCGAGCGGCUUGACGAACAAGAAGGCGUCGAGUUCUUCAUGAAAUCCGCCCAUCUACCGGAGUUUGCGGCGCAGCAGCUGAUCAAGAUGCUGAAGAAGAGAGCAGAAGAUGGGAGAAGCGAUGGAGGCUACGAAGGUCCUUCGUAUGAUGAGUCAGUCUCUAAUAUUCAAAAGUACGGUGGAAGACCUCCAACCAGCUUCCACCAGUGGGUAGAGGAAAACAAGGCGGAAUUUGGUGCUUGA